CCAGAGAAGGUUAGUGGGUGAGGUUAUACUGUACACAUAUAAAAUCAGAGUUUAGUCUUCUAUCAGCUCGAGAGCCAAAGUCCUAAACUAAAUUUAUUAGCUUGUCUGAAAAGCUGAAACAUGUCUGUGGGAUUCACAAAACGCGACCGUGUCAUUCAGUUGGCUAUAAGCGGCUGUUUUAAGAGGCCAUGGGGAAUUAUUUCAGACAGUCCCUCCCCCUCAGAGGCCACACAGACUGACAGAGCUGCAGGUCAGAAAAGGUGAUUUAAUCUCUGGGCAACUGUGUACGUGCUCGCCUCUAACAUCCGAUGAUCUCACGGGCAGAAAUGUGUUUGUGAUUGGCCAGUUGUCCAGAUGACGUGGGAGAUUUCCCAUUCAUCACUGUAGUAAAGGCUAAAAGGAGGCAGUGGGGUGAAACAAUAAUCCUGAAAACAGUUCUAUUGUGGUUUCAUCUCUUGAGGCUAAAUUAAACAAUAUUAGGGCUAAGCUUCAAGCCGGGUGACUGUGAGAAGCCUGUUUUUCUGCAGAGAAAUAAAUAAGAUAAGACCAAAACAAAAAUACAGUGCAAACUUUCAUUAUUUGAUGCUUAAGAAAAAAAGCUUUUGGAAAAGUAAAAUGAACCAAGAAUACAGUUUUAAACUACUAGACACUUGCUCAACCAUAAUAAACUGUAAAUAAAUAGUUUAGAUGGGAGUUUAUGACAUAAGGAUUACCUUUGCAUUAAAAAAUAAAUAUAAUUAUACUGAAUUUAAAGGAGUCGUCUGCUAUAAUGCACUGACAGUCAAACAUGUCUGGGUAAACAGGUUUACCUCAGGCCAGUCAAAGCAAGUGCUCCCUCAUUUAAUUAGUCCGUGCUAAACCUCUUUGGGGCAUGAAAUCAUCCCAACAGCAAUCCACACAAAUCUCCGCCCUUACCCAGUGCGGGUAAAUUAGCCUACAUGCCCUUGAUCUCCGGAAAACAUGCGUAUCUGUUUUAUCUGAUUACUGAUAAUCGUGCAGUAAAAAUCUGAUAUUGUGGCAGCCCUAACAUGUAACCUCAUCCAAUCUGGCAUAAAAUCAGACAAAAAGACACUUAUCAUACAGUUCAUCUCUGAAAACACCAGAUUUUUGUUUUAAAUAAAGGUAUGGGAAAUAUAAAAAGGAUUGCUGUCAACACCCCUAUCUGAGCUUAAUCCAAAUUGUCUAAUCAAAAUAUGCACAAUGAAAGCUGUAACUACAGAGCUGUCUGUCUGUGAACUUAGAGACAUUAGAAAAAUGAAUAAUUCAAUCACAAAAGAAAUGCCUCCACAACAGAAUGUCUGGCAUUUGAAAGGCGGGGGAUUUAGAGACUUUGGGGACACGUGCACAGACAGUUAUCCUACUUUGGGACGACCACUUCACAGUAUGAGACAGAAGAGGAGAGCAGGAGAGACACGAAGGUCAGCGCCUCGCCUUCUCAAGUGAGCUACUUUACAGUCAGAGCUGUUGGACAAACAGGGAGCCAGAGAGAGACAGUUCUGCUGGCAGGGUUUGACUCACUUUGCUUCAUUUAAGGCAUCAGUGCAGAAUUUAUAUUGCAGAAGGCUGCGAGAGAAGAAAACAGAUUGACACAAGAGUCCUGUCUUGUAUUAUUGAGAUACCAUGACACAGCAGAUCAGUGGCUCACCGUUCCUCAAGCCCUUCUUCCUGAAGACGCCCGUCCGAGUGGUCAGCCCGCUGAGACAGAGACGACACACACUACCCGCCAGCGAGUUCAGGAACCUCACGCCACAGGAUGCCAUCAGUGUGUUUGAGAUUGAGAGAGAAGCAUUUGUCUCUGUGUCUGGCGAGUGUCCACUUACCCUGGAUGAAGUGCUUAACUUCCUGGGUCAGUGCCCUGAGCUGUCUCUGGGUUGGUUUGAGGAGGGACAGCUGGUAGCGUUCAUCAUUGGCUCUGGCUGGGACAAGGAGAGGCUUUCGCAGGAGGCAAUGACUCAACAUGUCCCCCACACCCCCACUGUGCACAUCCACGUGCUGUCAGUGCACCGUCACUGUCGCCAGCAAGGCAAGGGCUCCAUCCUCUUGUGGCGCUACUUACAGUAUUUGCGCUGUGUACCGGGCCUCCGCCGAGCUCUGCUGAUUUGCGAGGACUUCCUGGUGCCCUUCUACCUCAAGGCCGGCUUCAAGGAGAAAGGACCAUCAGCCAUCUCCGUAUCCAACAUGCAAUUCCAAGAGAUGGAGUACAUGCUCGCUGGGCAGGCGUAUGCACGGCGGAACAGCGGCUGCUAGUCCAUGAACCCCUCUACCCCACCUUCCUUCCACUUACUCACCUCUAACAUGGACUCAGGGCAGAUAAGAUUAACAAAACACAGCCAGGAGAUGGACAAAUAGAAGCACGGGACCAUGUGUGCAUCAGUGAACUGGGUUCAGUAAUGGUUACAAGGUCUUCCUGGACCUCCUGAUGUCUGCACUGCACAGUAUCCCACUAAACAAGGAGCGAGGUCUUUGUGAGGAGAGACCAAGAGUGGAUCAAUGCAGAAGAGGAACCAGUGGCUUUGCUGACAUCAAAUUAAACUCCCCUGUCACCAUUUGCAUCUUGGCUUUGUUAACUUAAUGUUAUAUCUCCAUUUAUUUGUCACAAAUCACUGUAUUAAUGUAUUCAAUUCAUUAAAAAAAUCAGCAUUAUAUCUGGAGUUGUGAUGUAAAUACUGUUCUAUUUUUGUAAACCAUAUAAAUGAAAAGGUGUUAUGAAUUCAUGGUCCUUACUGUAAAGUGAGCUACUUAAAUGCAGCCACUAAAACGCUUGCAUUCAAUAGAAUAUUUCUUUCUGUCAUAAUUUGAAUAAACAAUAAAACAAUCUUCAACAGGCGUUUUCUUGUAAUUAAGAGAAAGUCAGACCAGUUUAAUUUUUUUUUUUUUUUUUUUUUUUUACUGUUGUUUUCAGUUACAUGUGAGUAGACAGGUAGCUAAAACACUACCGUGUUCAAAACAAUCAUCACUUCUUGAGAAGCAAUAAACAAAUAAAAGAAAACAUUCGAGUGCUCAGCAUAAUGUAACAAAAAUAUGGCAGUAGUUGGUACAUUUAUCAACAAGGCACAAAAGGUAUCAAUAUUUGAUUUUUGUCCCUGCUUCUGUAUGAGGUUGCCUGAAUAAUAAAACCUAUGUCUGGAGUGUGAAUGUAAAAAAUUAAAUAUUCCUUCUCUCUGUACCAGCGCUGGCUUCACUAAUUCCUGCCUCACGUGUAAAGGGCAGCUGGGAAUUUUGAUGAGGUUCAGAAGUGCCAUACCUUUGUUUCACUGGACAGUGAAGGAGUGACAAUGACUGCCGGUGAACAGGGAGGUGAUUAAAGGAGGUGUUUAAGAUGAGUGGCAUAGGUAUUCAUACUGACAGAGUAAAAAAACUUAACACAAGUAUACU